CGAAACCGGAAGCGGUACCGGGGAGAGAGAGCCUGAAACCGGAAGCUUCAGGAGACACACCGGUGUGACGGGUCUGACAGCAGAGCUGCGCAUCCUGAUAGAGCUUGUGGUUUUGUCGUGUAUCUCAGAAACUGUCAGAUUGGGGUGCCCCAAUGCCGCUGGGACUUGGCCGUAAAAAGAAGGCUACUCCUCUUAUGGAGGAGGAAGAUGUUGGGGAACGCAGCUCAUUGGCAGUGUCGCAAACAGGUGGUGUGUCUGGUGGGACUCUCUCACCGGUUGCUCCCGGCUUGCCGCCUCCUGCCCUUGCCCUGCGCCCUCGGUUGGUUUUCCACGCUCAGCUUGCACAUGGCAGUCCGACAGGCAGAAUUGAGGGAUUCAGCAAUGUGAAGGAGCUGUAUGCAAAGAUAGCGGAGGCAUUCAAUUUGUCUCCAGGGGAGGUUAUGUUCUGUACUCUGAAUACUCACAAACUGGACAUGGAUAAGCUUCUCGGAGGCCAGAUUGGUUUGGAGGAUUUCAUCUUUGCUCAUGUACGAGGACAGAAGAAGGAGCUAGAAGUCUAUAAAUUUGAGGACUCCCUUGGACUCACAAUCACUGAUAAUGGAGCUGGCUAUGCCUUCAUUAAGCGUAUCAAGGAGGGCAGUACUAUCGAUCGCAUGCAGCUAAUUAAUGUUGGAGACCUUAUCGAAUCCAUCAAUGGAAAAAAUCUGAUCGGUUGUCGUCAUUUUGAGGUGGCCAGGACUCUGAAAGAACUUCCUCGAGGGAAAACCUUCACUCUGAAACUGUGUGAACCAAGAAAGGCAUUUGACAUGAUUGGUCAACGUUCCGGAUCCACUGCUGUCAAUUCUGGUGUAUCACACUCUGGUAGAGGAACCUUGCGUCUCAGAGCCAAGGGGCCACCCACAGUGGAAGAACUGAUGUCCGUUAUUGAAGAGAAAGCGGUGCAGAAGGUGGAUGAUCUUCUAGAGAGCUACAUGGGGAUCCGAGACAGCGAGUUGGCUGGCACAAUGGUGGAGCUGGGCCUGGAUAAACACAACCCUGAUGAUUUCUCUCAAGCCUUAGACCGCACUCUGGGGGACUUUGCCUUUCCAGAUGAGUUUGUAUUUGACGUGUGGGGGGCAAUAGGAGAUGCCAAGGCUGGACGAUACUAACUUUACACCAGCCAUCCUAAAGCACUUCCCUGAUGGGGCUACUGAAUCCAUCCUCGUCUUCAACACUAAGAAAUGCUUUGUUCACAGCUGGGGUUUGGUGGUUGUAUGAGGGUUGCACAAACUUAAAUGGCCAAUGUAUGGCCUGCAUCUAGCAAUAAAAUGGACAUGCCUGCAGUUGGACCCAUACUGUUAUACCAGCAGCAGAAAUGGUUUCUCUUGGGUUAACUGCACAAGCACAGCCCUGCUAUCUGAAGGGACCGUGAAGAGUUAACUGGUUCUAAAUGCGUCCAAGUGAAAGACUAAACAUCUUAAAUAAUGGGUUAUUUUACCCUUGUAAGAAUCAUUAAAUAAUGUACUAGUUGCUAAUCCCUUUUCCCGUACAAAGUAAGUGGAUGCUGUGAAGAUUCUUUUAGAAACUCAAGUGUGUUUUCAAUUAGGUCAUCCUUUUCCUCAUAGUGAGGAUUUACACACCAACUAUCUGUUCGUAACAUGACAUGCCGACUGCAAACCUUUCAGUAUUUAUAGAGAGUCCCUGACACUGGCUGUUUUGAGUUACUCAUAUGGACAAGGUUUAAAAACAGGUUUUAUAAAGUCUGAAGAUAAUGUUUUAAAUGAGGUUCCUAAGGCCUUUGGAAUCUCCCUCCUAUGGGAGAAGAUGUCAAGGACCCGAAUAUUAAGUGCCAGUGGAAUAACGUAUAUGAUGUCAUGGAGUCUCAUGGAGGUUAAAAGAUUUAAUUAUAUAACACUUAAGGCAAAGUGUAUCUUUUGGGCAUUUUUCUGUUGCAUAACAAUAGGUUGCCACAAAUGGGAGACGUUGUUACUAAAUGCUAAAGGGACACUAUCUUGAUUUUUUUAUUUAUUUUUUUUGUGUGUUUGUUUAAUAAGAAUGUCGCAUAGAUUAGUGGUGAAAAAACUAAACUAUACUUUAUAUGUGGGAGUUAAGGUUUCACUACACCCCGUUUAUUGCUUUGGGGGAGGUUUUGUUACAAUUUUAUACUGUCCAUAGUGGUUUUAAAAUAGAGCUGGUACUGGCAAGUAUUAAGAGAAAAGUAGGCUGAAAAAAAUAAAUUAAAAUAAACGUGUGUCUUUUGUUCUCUAUUACAUUUGAUUGAUUGCUAGUCCCGUGGCCAAUAUUCUGUGUUGUAUUUUCAUUUUAUAUUUAAAAAAAUAAAUAAAAAUUACAGUGAUCAUUUCUGUAACAGCAUUGUAUGGGGAGGUUUUCUGUUAGUACCGCACACACAUAGCUGAGAGGGAUGACUUGAAGAUGCUUAGAGUAUAAUUGAUUUAGAUUUCUAAGCAAAAGUGAUUUGUAAUGAAUACAAAGUCUGAAAAAAAAAACUAUUUCAGCAAUCCUUAAUCUAGAUUCAUUACAUUGCUUUUUGUUCUGCGAAUUAAAGUUACACUCCAGGCCAGAUCUGA